AUGCUCGCUGCCACUCGUCACUCCGCCCUUCGCGCCGCUCGUCUUUCGACCGCCGCCCAGCGCCGCUUUGCCUCGACGCUCGUCUUCCUCGAGCAGAAGGGAGGCAAGCUUAACAGCGGAAGCUUGUCAGCUGUUUCCGCGGCCAAGUCUAUCGGCGGAGACGUCUCUGGUAUCGUUGUCGGCUCCAAGGCUGACAUUGACGGUGUUCUUGAGGAGGUUAAGAAGAUCGACGGUCUCUCCAAGGUCUACACCGCCGCCUCGGAUGCCUACUCGCACGCCAUCGCCGAGAAUGUCGCACCUCUUCUCGCCGAGGUCGUCAAGUCCAAGGGUGCCACCCACCUCCUCGGUGCCCACACCGCCGCCGGCAAGAACAUCUUCCCCCGUCUCGCCGGCACUCUUGACGUUUCCAUGAUCUCCGACAUCAUCGCUCUCGAGGGCGAGGACACCUUCACCCGCCCUAUCUACGCCGGUAACGCCAUCCUCAAGCUCAAGUCUGGCCCCAAGGACACCGUCAAGGUCGUCACCGUCCGCACCACUGCCUUCGACAAGGCUAAGGCCGAGGGUGGCUCCGCCGCCGUUGAGGAGGUCCCCGCUACUGAGGCUUCCACCCCCACCGAGUUUGUCAACGAGGAGAUCGUUGUUUCCUCCCGCCCCGACCUCGGCUCGGCUCCCCGUGUUGUCUCCGGUGGCCGUGCCCUCAAGAGCAAGGAGCAGUUCGACUCCGUUCUUGAGCCCCUCGCCGACGCUCUUGGUGCUGCUAUCGGUGCCUCGCGUGCUGCCGUCGACGCCGGCUACGCCGACAACUCGCUCCAGGUCGGCCAGACCGGUAAGGUCGUUGCCCCUGAGCUCUACGUUGCCAUCGGUAUCUCGGGUGCCAUCCAGCACCUUGCUGGUAUGAAGGAGUCCAAGAUGAUUGUCGCUAUCAACAAGGACGCCGACGCUCCCAUCUUCCAGGUUGCCGAUGUUGGUCUCGUUGCUGACCUCUUCGACGCCGUCCCUGAGAUGGUCAAGGAGGUUGAGAAGCAGAAACUUGCGCAAGCUCAAUCGGUUAUGGUGAGACGGGGCGGCUAUGCGAGGCCAGGGUGCGUAGUCGAGUAUCUAUUCUCUGCUCAAGCUUCGCCCGUACACAACUCCGCCCGUAAACAACAAUUCUGCGCCACUGGACGCGUGUGGACAAUGCUCCUUAACGAGCUUCUCCUCUCCAAGCGGGGCCCUCUGGCCAAGGUCUGGCUUUCUGCUCACCAUGAGCGCAAGCUGGGCAAGCGCCAGGCGCUCGCUGUCGACAUUGAUGAGAGUUGUGAUGCUAUUUUGACGCAGGACGUCGAGCCUCUCACUCUCCGUGUUUCCGGACAGCUCAUGCUUGGUGUUGUGCGCAUCUACGGCCGCAAGGUCCAGUAUCUCAUGGAUGACUGCAAGGAGAUGCGUGAGCGGAUCACGAUGGCGUUCCGACCAGGAAUGGUCGACCUGCCGCAGGACCAGAUCCGUGCGUCCAAGAACUCGAUCACGUUCACGGAGCUGGCUCCGAACGUUGACAUGAUCGAUAUUCUCGACUGGUCGUUCCAGGUGCCUACCGCCGACUACGCCCCGAGCAAGAACACGGCGCCGCCGAAUCAGACCAACCUUCGCUCCCGCGAGUUUGGUGCGUUCAACUUCGGACGCCCGGCUGUGCUGUCCAUCUACGGUGACGGAUCGUCUCGCCAAGGCUCGCCGUUCGGGUCAUCCACGUCGCACCUCGACUCCCAGGACUUCACGGGUGUAGACCUGGGUCUGAACCUCGAGGAGUGGGACGAGUCGAUGGAAAUUGGUCGUGACGCCCAGCGCGCUCGUAGCAAGAGCACCGCUCUUUCCGUGCGCGGAUCGAGUGUUAUGCGCGAUGACCAUGCUCCCAUGGACACCGACAACUUUGGCGUUGAGGACGACUUCAACCCGGUCGACCUUGAUCUCGGUCUCGACGAUCUUCCCGAGCUUACAUCUGAUGGGCCUGCGCCUCCCGAGGCUGGAGCUACCGAGGAGGAGCCCCGGCACGUGCGCGAGGCGAGCACGCUGUCGACGCCGCCACCCGAGUCGCCGCGUGCUGCGAACCUGACGAUUGAUGUCUCGCCCCGUACUGCCAAGCGCAUUGCCGAGGCGCAGCAGCACCGCCCGAAGCGGGUGCGUGUCGUGCGCGCGGACGAGGAGCUGGAGCUGGCCGACGACGAGUUCGCGCCGCCCAAGGACGAGGACAGCGAGAUUCUGGGUGUGGAGCGUUUCAUCCCUGCCGAUCCCGAAGCUGUGCGGUUGCGCGACAUCAUCGACGACCCUGCCGCGCACUUCCUUCCGACGAUGAAGGUCGACGACGAGACCGUCAUCUUCGCGGGUCCGAACGGGCUUGCUCCCGAGCUUGCUGAGCUGUUCACCUUCCCCGUCAAUGUCCUGCGACGGAACCGCGAGCCUGAGCCCGAGCGCCCGAACAAGCGCGCUCGCUCGCUCACGUCGGAGCUGUCUGAGCUCGAGGACGACCCGAUGGAGGAGGCGCGUCGCCAGAGCCGUCUGCCCAGCGAGGCCGGCUUUGAGCCCGACUUCGGUGGCGGCUUCGACAAUGAUAUCUCGUUCGACUUUGGUGGUCUUGCUUCGCCCCCGCCAAUUGAGGGCGACAAGGUCCGUGCUCCCUCUCUCGCUCCAUCGAUUGCGCAGAGCAUCGCCCAGUCUGUGCGCUCCGCGCGCCUCGCCGGCGAGGAGGGCGAGUGCAAGCUGAUGAUCUUCGACCCGCGCGUCAGUGCGAGCCAGAUGACGAGCGGGAGCGAGGAAACGCAGCGCGACGCCGGCGGUGUCAGCAAGAGUACUGGCAUGGCGAUGGGUCUUCUGCGUGCCGAGAUCGAGGCGAUCGAAGCCGAGGACAAGUCUGUUAGCUUCGACGAGCUCUCCCGCGGCGCCUCGAAGCGCGCGGCGUCGACCGGUUUCUUCGAGCUGCUCGUCCUCGCCACCCGCGACUGCGUCAAGCUCGAGCAAAAGAAGCCCUUCGCGGACAUCCACAUCCGUGCCAAGGACCGCCUGUGGGAGGCGACGCCCAUGCCGCAGACGCAGACUGCGUAA